AUGGAGCACGUCCGCAAGACAAACAAAAAGUUGGGCGUCGGGGCGAGAGGCGUCGUGUACGAGGGGUACGACGCGGAAAGCGGCAGGUUCGUCGCGGUGAAGGAGAUCCCCUUCUUCGACGGCGGGGGCGUUGGUACUGGCGACGAUGCGGCGGAGGAGGAUCCCGUGCUCGCUGAGGAGCGGCGGGCCAUCGUGCGGGAAAUCACCCUUAUGGAGCGGUUUGAGCACCCCAAUCUUGUGACGUACUACGGGGCUCGCCGCAGUGCGGUUGGUGUGCAAAUAAUUAUGGAGUUUAUCAACGGCGGUUCCCUCGAUGCACUCAUUCGCCGCCAAGGCUCGCUUCGUGAGAGUGUCGUGCGCUCCUACACGCACGACAUCUUGGAGGGCUUGGCGUACCUGCACGACACGGCACGGGUGUGCCACCGGGAUGUCAAGCCAGCCAACGUGCUGAUCACCGCAGAUGGACGCUGCAAAUUGACGGAUUUUGGGGUAAGCAAGCUCCUUGACGACACUUCUAGCAUGCGAACGACAGUGGGGACGCCCUGGUACAUGGCGCCCGAGGUGGUCGGCGGCGACGCGGAUGACGCGAUUGACGAAGACGCAGGUGAGAGCCAGGGUGACAUUAGAAGUGGCUGCAGUAAAGCAGACGUUAAGAAACUUGGUUACACUACCUCUGCCGACAUCUGGAGCCUCGGUGUUACCGUGUUUGAGAUGAUUUCUGGUAAGAAGCCCUUUGGGGGAGAAAUGAGGAACCCUGCCGCGGUGCUCUUCGCCAUUGCAGCUGCCAAUGGAACACCCCCACGUCUCCCGGACAACUGUGAAGCCUCAGCGUCUCUCCGUGCAUUUUUAGACCUUUGUUUUGUUCGUGACGCGCGACUACGACCCAAGGCAAAGGAAUUGUUAUCCCACCAGUGGUUUGGGGAGGUGUCUGGGGGUGGCAUGCGUGGAGGCAUCGAUAACACCCGCAGGUUAGGCGCGAUGCCGUCGUCGUCGCAGUCAGAUGCAGGGCUAUUGCGUACACCACCCAACAUGUUGGACACAGCGGAUAUUAUGGAUAGGGAGUUGCAGGCACCUCUAUCGAUACGGACGCGUAUGUCACUGAGGCGUGAGGCUGCAAGGCAAAUGCGAUGCGAAGUUAACCCAGUAGUGAUGUUGGGGAGGCCUGCUCCCUGCGUCGCACGUGAUGAGAAUACACAAUGCGGUUUCUUUAGCUCGGAUGGACACUACGUGGAUCUGCCGCAUGCUCCGCCUCUACUGUUACCAUAUACACGAGGUAAGGAGAGUUGA